UCCCCUUCCUCCCUCUGCUCUGGUGUAGUCUGCUAGGCAGGCCUCCAUCUAUUUUUAUCCUGAACUACCAGGGACUGGAGGAAGAUUGCUGCUUUCCCUGUUCCAAGAGCAGAGAAGCUGGUUGCAGUUUAAAAGAAGCAGCUUUGCCUUUAUUAGGCAAAAGGAAGGCUGCUUUGGAGUGGAUUCUAACAUCGUAGUUCAGAGGUGUGCGUGAUAGCAACAACUAAGACUGCUUCCAGCAUCAUUAACUAUGAGACCUUCCUUUGGAGAAUGGAAGCUGUUCUUCCACUGAGGUGAAGAGAAAUACAUCAGGAAGUUCUUCUAAUGAAGACGACAUCUGAAAUUCCUCGUCUCUUUUUUUGUUGUUGUUUUAAAUAUGCCACUGACCUAGGACAGUUUGAAGAGCAAGCUGUGAAAAAGGAGCUGUGGAUCCAGAUAUGGUGCAGGAGAAUGUUAUUUUCUUUUUAACUCUUUUGGUCUUCAAGCAGUAAGGAAUGUAUUUUGACAGUGAUGGAAUGGAUGACGUUGUCACUGAAAUAUCUAGAUUGGAUAUGGAGGAGAAUUAUAAAAAGGCGCAAAAAAAUGAAAGAGAAUCUAUCAGGCAAAAACUGGCACUCGGAAGUUUCUUUGAUGAUGGCCCAGGAAUUUAUACAAGUUGUAGUAAAAGUGGCAAGCCAAGCCUUUCUUCUCGGUUACAGAGUGGGAUGAAUUUACAAAUUUGUUUUGUCAAUGACAGUGGAAGUGACAAAGAUAGUGAUGCUGAUGACAGCAAGACUGAAACUAGUCUAGAUACUCCUUUAUCUCCUAUGAGCAAGCAGAGCUCUUCCUAUUCUGACAGAGAUACUACUGAGGAGGAAUCUGAAUCCUUGGAUGAUAUGGAUUUUCUCACAAGACAAAAGAAACUUCAAGCCGAAGCCAAAAUGGCUCUGGCGAUGGCAAAGCCAAUGGCCAAAAUGCAAGUAGAGGUGGAAAAACAGAAUAGGAAAAAAUCUCCAGUAGCUGAUCUUCUGCCACAUAUGCCUCAUAUAAGUGAAUGCUUGAUGAAAAGAAGUUUAAAACCCACAGACCUGAGAGAUAUGACAAUUGGGCAACUACAAGUGAUAGUCAAUGAUCUACAUUCACAGAUAGAAAGCUUGAAUGAAGAAUUGGUGCAACUGCUGCUUAUUCGAGAUGAAUUGCACACAGAGCAGGAUGCAAUGCUGGUAGACAUUGAAGAUUUGACCAGUGUGGCCCCCUAUCAAUGCCAUGAUAAUUUAGCACCAUUGCUACAGACAAGGUAAAAUAUAAUGAAAAGCUCUGUUUAUCCAGAUCUCUCUAAUCCGUCCCCUCCUCAUGCAAUAUUCACCCUCUUUUCCCCUUUUGUAAACCCUUUGUUGUCCUUUGCUCCAAUUACUUUCAUGUUUCCCAGAUUGUCUCAUUAAGAAAGUCUCUAGUAAUUUCACAGCAAAAUAUGCUAGUCUGCCUUUCUUUUAACUUUCUUACAUGUAAUGUUGUGUGUUCUACCACUGAUCUAACAUCUUCAAAAUUCCAUGAAAUUAAAUUCACACAGUAUCUUCAGUGCUUAUUUAUGAUGUCAUGCCAUGGAUUAUUCAACCACAUGAUCUUUUUGAUGGAGCCAAUGUUUAGAUUGUAAACAAUCUAAAUUAAUAAUAAUUUAGGGGUAAUUUAGAGAUUACUAAUUUGACAAAUGCAUUUAGAUCGCCCCUUGUUCUCUCAAACGCACACACACCCGCCCUUCCAAAUAUUUCUAGCCAAAUAAUUUUAUACAUAGUAGCCUGAGAACUUAGGAAGUUUUGAACCUUAAGUUUCAUAAAGAUCUGAAGGAUUUUGAGUGAAAAAUCACUUCAAAUUGUGAAGAAAGACGCAUCCUAUUUUAAUCCAAAAGCUUUUCAAAUAUAUAAUUUCCAAAGUUCUCAAAACUUUGGGCUGAUGUGUUUUAAUUGUGAAUAUUGAAAAAAAAUGAAAUAUAGAUUUAUUUCGAUUCAUCAAGACAUUCAUUAUGAAGUUGAAUCCAUCUGAACUCAGUCAAUACUUGCAAGGGCACAUUUUAUAGGCAAUGAAAUGUCUAAGCUAGUUUUUACCAAUUUUUGAAGUGUCCUUCAAAGUUGUUGAAACUGCAGCUCUCCUAAUAUGCAUAGUCAGGAUAUCUGAGAAUCAUAAUAGAAAUAUAACCAGAAGAAUGCCAGGUUAGAGAUGAACGACUGAAGCAUAUUAAUGUUUCAUGUCUUUUUGAGCCUUAUCGGUAAAAUACGGUGAGUACACAUCAUAUUCUCUCGGCAAUUUUUGCAGCACUUAAUCAUUGAAUGGUCCUCAUCCAUAGGCUUCUGGAAAGAUUAAACUGCACUGUUUCAACAUUGAGUAUUUUCAUUAACAUGUUUGUAGUUUUUAUUAUAAUAGUAAUGCAUUCUUCAUUAUGGGUUUUCCUGAAGUUGAAGAAAGAGUCAGAUACAUAGUAAGAAAGGGAAUGGAUAGCACCUACAGAAAUAAUUGCAUGCCCUCUAUGGACAAAAUUAGGAAAUGCAUUUUUGCUCAGCGAUAAAAACACAUGUGGCUACAAAGAACAAAACUGGACAGACAUUAAGCAUAUCACUGGAAAUAUUUUAAUGGUUUGUAGCAAAUAUCAAGUUCUAAGAUUUUACUUUUAAAAGAACAGCUGCAUGGAAAGAGUUGUUUAACUAUUUCCUUGUUACAAUCUCAAUAGAAUUGCCCUUUUAUUCCUUAUAGCUUCUGGAAAAAAAGCAACUUCCCACUAGAGAGUUAAAAUUUAGAUGGCAAUUGCUACUAUGUAAAUUAAGACAAAGGCUAUAUAACUUUAUAAUGACGCCUUUUUCUCUUGUCUUGUUUGGAUCUGAAAGUGUAACCUAUUCAAAGAUUAUGGACAAAAAUGAUAAAGGAGCAUUUAUAUAGACAUCUACAUCUAUACCAGUGGCGGUGAACAUAUGGUACAUGUGCCAGAGAUGGCACACAGAGCCCUCUUUGUGGGCACACGCACAGCCAUCCCAACUCUGUUUCAGGUUUCUGCCAACCAGCCAGCUGGUCUUCAGGUCUCUGCUGUGCAUGCAUGGUAUGCGCACCCAUGCAUGGGCCACGCACCUUGCUGUUUGGACGUACAUGCACACUUUGGGCACUCGGUGCCUAAAAGGUUCAUCAACACUGGUCUAUACUCUAGUAGCAUCUAUUACUCCCUGUUGAAUCUGGAAGGUUGCAGGAGAGAUAUUUAUUCACAAUUGCUUAAAUGGCAGUAAGUCUCUUUGAAACUCUGCUCUUAUAGAAACUCAGUAUGGCAAAACUGGAAGCUUAGAAGCAGAGUCCAUGCAUAUUCUCAAUUCAUCCAGGCCAUGGUUAUCCCAAGGUGAUUUUUCUAAAAGGCAACUGGACUUUCUUGGUAUUUUCUUUGCAAAUGUUUUGUUUCUCAGCCAAGAAGCUUCUUCUCUUCAACUGAAGAAGCCUCAUCUUCAGUUCAAUUGAAGAUGCUUCUUGGAUGAGAAGCAAAACAUUUUCAGAGAAAACACCAAGAAAGUUCAGUUGUCCUUUGGGGAAAAAAACACAUUUAAGACUUAGAAACACAGGUGCCUAGCAAGGUACUGGUUGACUAAGCAGGUCGGGGAAGCUAACAUUAUUAGGCCACAAGUUAUUAAAGCAUCAGAUUUGUGAGCUGGAACACUUAAUCUAGUGUUUAAGUGUCGCUUAAAAUGAUUAGAUAAUAGGGAGUGGAAGAGACCUUUUCCUGAUGUUUUUGGCAGCUGCAAUAUUUUAAUAAAUAAAUAUGAAAAUAAUUGUCCAAUUUGAUUUAAUCUUGCAAAUUGUUUCCUAAAAAUUAGCUGAAAAAGAUGUAAAACAUCCAAACUCAACAAUAUAUCAAAAUCUUAGAUAAAGCUAUGAAUACAGGUAGUGCUAAAUUAACAACUGGUCACUUAGCAGAGUACUUCUGACUUGGAUUUGAAGGUCUGAUGGUAGUGGGAACCAUGGUCACUCCCCCCGACUGCAUUUUUGGCAUUUGGCAACUGGGCUGCAUUUAUGACCAUUUCCUGCAGUCACAUGAUCACAUUUUAUGAUAGUUUUGCCAAAGUUUACUUCUGGUUUUUAGAAAAACUGUGCCCAUGGCAAUUCAUCCAUUUCCUUUACAGCUGCAGUCAUUCACUUCGUCACCACCAUCACAAAAAGGGUCAUAAAGUCAAGUUGGUCAUAUGACCAACUCACUUUACAAUUGGCACAAGUUACAAUUGUGAUAGGCAGAUUCCAUUACUGUUCUACCUAAAGCAGGGGUGUCACACUCAAGGUCCAUGGGGUGGAUUUGGGUCGCAGGGUGCUUAAAUCUGGCCCAUGGGAGCGGCCUGAAAAUAGCAAAGGACUGUCCUGCAGUGCUUCUGGCAAUCAAAACGGGGGCUGGGGGGGGCUUGUAGCCUGAAAAGCCUCCUGCAAAACUCUGCCAGCCAAAACAGGGUGCGGGCAUCCCCAUGCCCUGUUUUGGCCGGCAGAGUGUUGCAGAAGGUGUCCAUCCUGUCCGUCCCCCCCACCCGCGGAGAACUAUAGUGCUGAUCCGGCCCUUGAAGAAAUCCAGUUUGACACCCCUUGACCUAAAGCACUACCUGUAAUGUAUGUUUCUUAUCUGUCCUCCCUCCAACAUGAGCAAAAUGUGACUGCAAUAAGGAGUACAUCUGCACAAGUAUGUCUAAUAGUAUGCCUCUUGACACUAUUCCCAAAUGUUUGGCUUCCCUUAUGGCUAUGCCCAUAACUACAAUCCAGCAGCAUAGGAGUGUGAAUCCCUGAUUCAUGACAUAUUUUGAGAUCAAAUCAGGAUACGUUAUUGCCAGUACUAGCAUACAAAAUGUAUAUUACUCAUACAUUUUUAAGCAAUACAUACGCAAUACAGUUUUAUCAUCGGUAUCUUUGAACACACUUCCCAAACCGAUAACAAAACAUUCUGGAUUUCCAAAGCAUGGUGGGUGGAUGUAGACAGAUAAUAGAAAAUACAUUUUUCUUAUCAGCUACAUUUCCAAAAUAAUCAAAUGAGUAAUAUGUAGCUGUGAUAAGGAGUAUCAGUUCAAUUAUGGUAGGAGGAUGCUUCCUGACACAAUUUCUAAAUAUUUGGCUUGGGCCAAACUUGAUUAUUGGGGAGCUGCUCCUUUAAAAAGAGUGCAGAAUGCAGCCUUAAGCUACAGUUGUAUGUUUUCCAAUAUGGUGUAAGGGUUCAUGUGUUUUCCAGACAGUUAAAGCUCUAAAGCAAUGUUUCCUAAACUUUAAGGAGUGUAGACUUAAACUCCCAGAAUUCUCCAGCCAACAUCAGACUUAAUAAUUAUUUUUAUAGAUUUUUUUUUAUUUUUGUGUCUCUUUCAGUGAAAGUAUUCUAACAUUUGUUCAAUCAUGAAAGAGAAAGAUGGGCUAGUAAAGAAAGAAACUAUGGUUAGCGCAAUAAUUCCCAUGGAUUAAUUUUUAUUUUAUAUUCAAAAUGACGACAAAAUCCAAACUUUGAAUAACUAUAGAACAAGGGUGUCAAACCCACCUCGUCGUGUUGCCGUCAUGUGACGUUUCACAAUGCUUUUUCCCUUUGCGGAACUUUCCCUGUGCACGAUGCACCCAGCCCAGGAGGCGUCAAUUUGACAUCACUCCUUUAGAGAAAACCCCUGAAAUUAUCUGAGGAUAGGUACAGCCCUGGAGCCACAAAUUGUUCUCCCCUGUUGUUGAGGAAAAAGUGCUAAUGUUUAUGCGCUCUUGUACAAAAUGUUUGGGAGCCAGGCUGUAUACCCACAAUUUCUGUGUAUUUCCUGAUAGUCGCUUUCUUGGCAGCAAAAAGUACCAGGCCUAACAUUAUUUCUGCCAUAAAUGUAUUUAUUGGAGGAAAAAAUAUUGUGGAACAGCCACUAUUACUACCUUGCUGGUAAUUUUGACAGGUACCAUAAGUAGGCUAUUGUUAGUGAGGAAGAAAAGGACCCAGUAUUUGCUUUGGAUUUUAUCACUGAUGGGAUAAAAGGUCGAGAGAGUUGCCUCAUAGAUGAAAUAAAGUAUGAAAUGGUCCAACAUGCUCAUACAGCACCAAAGCAGCUCUUAAAUUGGUUUAGACAAAAGAAACCAAAAGUUUAAAAAAAUGAUUCCUACCCUUUUUGUGAUGACAAAGAUUAUGCAAGUCCCAAGAAAGCAGUUCUAUGUUCUCAUCUUCUUGGAGAGGAAGGGCAGUUGGGAUGAGUUUUAAUUUGGCAGAUGUAACGCAAAGUACUUCAAGGCCAAGUGAAAUCCGAGACAACACCUUGGUGUUAUCUCUCCUAUCUACCCUCUGUGAACCCUAAGCUGAGAGAAAUCAGAAAGAUUGAAGAGGAAAGAAUUUUAAUAUGGAUUCCCCCAGUUUCUUUCAGGCAGGUUAUUACUGUGCUACUCUAUACUUGUUUCUUUCGCGUGUUCUUCUAUACAUUAUUGGUGGUUUUAUUGCAUUUGGUCUAGCAGUGGUAUUCUUUUAGACCAGGGGGUGGGGAAAUGUUAGGGGUAUCUCCGUUGGGAGACAGAAAGUAGUGCAGCGGAAUGUUGCAACUAGAGAGAAAGUGUGUUGCUAGUAUAAACAUAUGAAGAGAGUUUCAGACACUGCUAGUAAAAACAAGUAGCUUUACUACUGAUAAAUUGCUUCACAGGCAGUCAUAGUAGAUAGUAGAUAUUAGUCCAAACACAAUUCAAAGAACAAAUAAUAGCUUACAGUCGCAGUUCACAUUCCAGUCAUCAAGCAUA